UGCGUCAUCACGUCGUUGCCUGGGCGGCCGUCCGCGGAAAUUCGAAAUGGCUGACGGGUCGCUGACGGGCAGCGGUCUGGAGGCAGCGGCCAUGGCGCCGGAGCGCACGGGCUGGGCGGUCGAGCAGGAGCCGGCGUCUCUGGAGAAAGGUUUGUUCCAAGAUGAAGAUUCAUGCAGUGAUUGUAGCUACCGUGAUAAGCCAGGUUCUAGUUUACAAAGUUUUAUGCCAGAAGGAAAAACCUUUUUCCCAGAAAUUUUCCAAACAAAUCAACUUUUGUUCUAUGAGCGAUUCAGAGCCUAUCAAGAUUACAUUUUAGCUGACUGCAAGGCCUCUGAGGUACAGGAAUUCACAGCUGAGUUCUUGGAGAAGGUCCUUGAGCCAUCUGGAUGGCGGGCAGUCUGGCACACUAACGUGUUCAAGGUGCUGGUUGAGGUCACAGAUGUGGACUUUGCAGCCUUGAAGGCAGUGGUGAGGCUUGCUGAACCAUACCUCUGUGACUCUCAAGUGAGCACUUUUACCAUGGAGUGCAUGAAGGAGCUCCUCGAUCUGAAGGAGCAUCGGUUGCCCCUGCAGGAGCUGUGGGUGGUGUUUAAUGAUUCAGGAGUGUUUGACCAGACAGCCCUUGCAAUUGAGCAUGUCAGAUUUUUCUACCAAAACAUUUGGAGGAGUUGGGAUGAAGAAGAGGAGGAUGAAUACGAUUAUUUUGUCAGAUGUGUUGAACCUCGAUUAAGAUUGCAUUAUGACAUUCUUGAAGACCGAGUUCCAUCAGGACUUAUUGUUGACUACCGCAAUCUGUUGUCUCAAUGUGAAGAGAGUUACAGGAAAUUUUUAAAUCUGAGAAGCAGUUUGUCAAAUUGUAACUCUGAUUCCGAGCAGGAAAAUAUCUCCAUGGUGGAAGGGUUAAAAUUGUAUUCGGAGAUGGAGCAGUUGAAACAAAAGCUGAAACUCAUUGAGAAUCCUUUGUUGAGGUAUGUGUUUGGUUAUCAGAAGAAUUCUAAUAUCCAAGCAAAGGGUGUCCGUCCCAGCGGUCAGAAGAUCACUCAUGUGGUCUCCUCCACCAUGAUGGCUGGUCUCCUGCGGUCCCUGCUCACAGACAGGCUUUGCCCGGAGCCUGGUGAGGAAGAAAGAGAAAUUCAGUUCCAUAGUGAUCCAUUGUCUGCUAUAAAUGCCUGCUUUGAAGGUGACACUGUUAUUGUUUGUCCUGGCCAUUAUGUGGUACAUGGCACUUUCUCCAUUGCUGACUCCAUUGAGUUGGAAGGAUAUGGCCUACCAGAUGACAUUGUGAUAGAAAAGAGGGGCAAAGGCGACACUUUUGUGGACUGCACCGGUGCUGAUAUUAAAAUCUCAGGCAUAAAAUUUGUUCAGCACGAUGCUGUAGAGGGAAUCUUAAUUGUUCACCGUGGUAAGACUACGCUGGAAAACUGUGUGCUGCAGUGUGAGACGACCGGAGUCACAGUGCGGACAUCGGCAGAGUUUCUAAUGAAGAACUCGGAUUUAUAUGGCGCCAAGGGUGCUGGUAUAGAAAUCUACCCUGGGAGUCGGUGCACCCUGAGUGACAAUGGGAUCCAUCACUGCAAGGAAGGGAUCCUCAUUAAGGACUUCUUAGAUGAACAUUAUGACAUUCCCAAGAUAUCCAUGGUGAAUAAUAUAAUACAUAAUAAUGAAGGUUAUGGUGUUGUCUUGGUGAAACCUACAAUUUUCUCUGACCUGCAAGAAAAUGCUGAAGAUGGAACUGAAGAAAAUAAAGCGCUUAAAAUUCAGACAAGUGGAGAGCCAGAUGUGGCUGAAAGAGUGGAUCUAGAAGAGCUGAUUCAGUGUGCAACUGGUAAAAUGGAGCUUUAUGCAAGAACUGACCCUUCUGAGCAAGUCGAGGGAAAUUGUGAAAUUGUAAAUGAACUAAUUGCUGCCUCCACACAGAAAGGCCAGAUAAAGAAGAAAAGGUUGAGUGAACUGGGGAUCACGCAAGCUGAUGACAACUUAAUGUCACAGGAGAUGUUUGUUGGGAUUGUGGGGAACCAGUUCAAGUGGAAUGGGAAAGGUAGUUUUGGCACAUUUCUUUUCUGACCACAGUGAUGUAAGUAGAUAGCAAAAUACUGGAUUUUGCACAUGCUGCCCUAAGAAUCACUGCUGCCAUUGUAGUUUGCUGUAUUGUCUGUAUUUUAUAUUUGAUUAUUUGGGCUUGAGUAAAAGGUAGAUUUAUUUCCAUUUGCAGGUGUUGCACAUAAAACACUCCCUCUUUAUAAGAAAAAUCAUAAAUGCAUAUAAAAUAGAAAAUAUUUGGAGAUUGCUUAUCUGAAAGUCUUGCUUUCUUGUACACAUGGUUCUCUCGUAUUAAGCCUGGUAGUAACUUUUUAGUGUAAUUACCUUUAGCGCUUCAAAGAUGAGGAAGAAGGGAAGGGAAUGCAAGACUAGUGCAUAAAAAUACAAUAGGUGUCAUAUGUAUAGCAUUCUUCUUAGAGUUGCCUUUUCAUCCCAAUUACAGUGUGUCUGAUUUCCAUCUUGUAUUUGCAUAAUACUUGUCUUAAAAUAAAAGCUUUUAUGAUUGGGAA